AUGGAUCUCACAACCGGUGCAGCUAACGUGACCGAGUUCAUCAUCACCGGGCUCUUCCAGGGCGCACAGGUGCAGAGAGCGUGCUUUGUGCUCUUCCUUCCCGUGUACCUCACCACACUGGUGGGCAAUGGCCUCAUCGUCCUGACGGUCAGUGUCAGUGACCACCUGCGUUCCCCCAUGUACUUCUUCCUGGGCUACCUGUCCCUGGUGGAGAUCUGCUACUCCUCCACUGUGAUCCCCAAGUUCAUUGCGGAUCUACUCGCCAAGAUGAAAACCAUCUCCUUCAAGGGCUGCCUGGCUCAGAUCUUCUUCUUCCACUUCUUUGCUGUUGCUGAGAUCCUUCUGCUAGUGGUGAUGGCCUAUGACCGCUAUGUGGCCAUCUGCAGGCCACUUCACUAUAUGACCAUUAUGAGUCACCAGCUGUGUCACAUGCUACUGGCUGGUUCCUGGCUUGGAGGCUUUUUUCAUUCCAUAAUUCAGAUUCUCAUCACCAUCCCUUUGCCCUUUUGUGGUCCCAAUGUGAUUGACCACUACUUCUGUGACCUCCAUCCCUUAUUCAAACUGGCCUGUGCUGAUACCUAUGUGGAGGGGGUUGUCGUGCUGGUCAAUAGUGGCAUAAUCUCUAUCUUCUCCCUUACAAUCCUGGUGUGCUCCUAUGUCGUCAUCCUGGUCAGCUUGAGGAACCAUUCCACAGAGGGCAGGCGCAAAGCCCUGUCCACUUGCGCCUCUCACAUAACCGCAGUCAUCUUGUUUUUUGUACCUGCCAGCAUCAUCUACAUGCGCCCCUCCUCCACCUUCACUGGAGACAAGCUGGUGGCUGUGUUCUACACGGUCAUCACCCCCAUGCUAAACCCCAUCAUCUACACACUUAGAAAUGAGGAGGUGAAAAUCGCCCUGAGUAAGUUGUGGAGUAGAAAGGAGGGCUCCAAAUGA